AUGCCCAAUGGGGCCGACCAGGACCCAGUGCCCCGGUCGCGGGUCCGUGAUCUGGCCCGAAGGUUCGAAGAAAUCAGCACGGCACCUUUUCCGACUCCGGCCAAGCCGGCGAAGCGCAUUGGGAAAUUCCGAAUACAGGCGCCAAGACUAGCACCACCAAUGUCGCCCCGCGGCGCGAAGCCCGAAAUUCCUGUCAAACCGCAACGCCUGAAGCUCGAGCAAAAGGUGGAGCCGACGAAUCCGGUGGCCUCCCGCACGGAUUCAUACCGAAUGGCCACCCAGCAACUGUCCGUUUCCGCUUCCACCUCGGCCGAGAAUCCCGACGAGGUCGUCGAGCUGUCAUUUGAAGAGAAGGCCUCGGUGUCGCUGACUGUCAAACUGCGCCGCGGCGAUUCUGUCUCCUCCGAUACCAUCUACCAAGUCAUCGACGACAACUACGAAGCCAUGCCCACGUUUUUAAGGGACAUCGAAUUUGUUCCCAGCGAUCUACGUCCAAAAAUUCGGCCCCCAUCGCCGCCGGUCGCCCAGAAAACGGAAACGCAAAACGAUUCUGAAGCGGAAGUGACCCAGAAGCUGGCAGAAACCUACCUGAACGACGACACCGACAUGUACGAGGAGAUUGGAAUGAAUUUGCCAAGCUCAUCAACCUCCGGAACGAGUAGCCAUUCGGAAUAUGUGACGUCGAUUUACUCUGCUGGAGAGACGGAGACGUGCACCAUCGAAUUCGACAAGCUGAUCAAGUUCAAGAGCGACUUCCAUUUGAACCUGUCGAAAAAGAUGGAGCGCCUCCGGAAGCGAGUAAUGGCCGAGAAGAGCCGUCGUUCCGUAUCGAAAUGUACGCUCAACGCACGGCAACUGGACACGGAUCACUAUGGGCAUAUUGAGGACGAUCGAUAUAUCUACGGUGAUGACUGGUCGACGGAUGGUGAGGUGGAGAUCCGAUCACCAGGUAGAGGCGACUUUAGGGAUGAGCCCGAAUCCAAGUCAUUCUCCUCCCGACUCCACAACACUCAACCUCUAUAUCAAUUGUACAUGCUCGCCGAGCAGGAGAAGAUCCUUGAGUCCCAAAUCAACGAGCCGGCGCAGAUGAUUAUUCAGAAAACAAUGAACUUACGAAGGGAGUCGUCCUCGUCGUCAUCGGAUUCUGGGCUUCGAGCUGAUUGUUCGCACUCCACGACGCAUAGCUCGUCAGCCUUGACGUCGAGUACAUCUUUGAGACGUGACCGACUCGAAAGCGUGCGCUACGGCAGCCAACGUAGUCUAUGGUGUGAACUCCCAGAAGUGAAAGAUGCUGGCCUACUCGACCAACUUGACGACGAGACCAAGCAGCUCCAGGAAGCGUAUUUUGAGGUCAUCACCAGCGAAGCCAGCUACUUGCGGUCGUUGAACAUCCUCAUCACGCACUUCAUGGCCGACAAGGCGAUGUUAGGCUCAAAAAGCUCGGACUCUGUAAUAGCCAACGACGAUCGGAAGCACUUGUUCAGCAACAUUUUCGCUGUCCGGGAUUGUAGUGAAAGGCUUCUCGUCGAUCUCGAGACCCGUCUGGAAGAGUCGCUAGUCCUCGACUGCCUCUCCGACAUCCUCAUCCACCACUUUGAGACCAACUUCGAGGCGUACAUCAAGUAUUGCAGCAAUCAGGUGUACCAAGAUCGAACACUUCGCCGGCUGAAGACGGAGAAUUCCAGUUUUCUAUCGGCUGUAGGGAGGUUGGAGUCGGACAAGCAGUGCCAAGGCCUCGACAUGCGAUCAUUUCUGAUGUUGCCAAUGCAACGAAUCACCAGAUAUCCACUGCUGAUCUACGCGAUUCUGGAGCGUCAGCCGAUCGGCUCCGAGAAGCACAGGAACGCGGCGAAAGCGUUGGCGCUGGCUAAUCAGGUCGUGUCGAGCUGUAAUGAGGGCGCGAGAAGAAUGGAGCGAACCGAACAACUUCUUGAGGUCGAUCGCCGGCUGGUUUACAAGGACUCAGAGUUGAAAAGAGUAGCCCUCGUCUCGGCCCAUCGGCACCUCGUCAAACGGGGUUGCCUCUACGAGAUCUCAGAGCGAGGCCCAAAAUCGUUGCUUCAUAGCCGUCCAAAAGCGCGUCAUGUGUACCUCUUCCUCUUCAGCGACCUGUUGAUCAUCACCAAGCAGAAAAUGAACGGCACCUACGUCUGCCAAGACUACGCGGAGCGCCGUUUCGUUGACACCUCACCGUUGGAGCCAGAAAAUCCAAAGAUAUCCUCCGGGCUACUUCAUCAACUCCCCAAUCGACCUCAUCUCUUCCUCUGCGUAUUGAUGCGGAAUGCAAGGGGGAAACAGUCAGAAUACCUCUUCUCGGCCGAUAACGAAAGUGACCGCGAGCGCUGGCUGAGCGCGAUGCGGCCCCCGCAAAGCGCAAACCCGGACGAGAGGGUGUACGCCGAGUGGGACUGUCCACAGGCUGUGGCCGUACACUCAUAUGGACGCGCACAGGAUGACGAGCUGGACCUGGCCGUUGGGGAUCACGUCAAUAUUUUAAGAAAGAUGCCUGAUGGUUGGUUCUACGGAGAGCGAUCCCGAGAUGGUACUGGAGGAUGGUUCCCCUCGAGCUACGUUCAGCAACUUGUGAACGAUCACACCAGGGCCAAGAAUUAUCGACAACGGCUCAGGAUGAUGCAGGCAGCUUCCGACCUCAGAAGCGAUCUGCCCCCUCACAUGAGCCGCCAUGCCAAGCCCCCAGCCCUCAUCCAAAAGCUCCGGCGCAUGAGCAACCCGCGACAGCUUUUCCUACCAAAU